UAAUAAUCUAUUUAUGAACCAAAGGAAAGUUAUCUUCUCUUCCAAUCCAAACCAAAGACCUUUUUGUCCGAAACCAAAACUCACUAAACGAACACAAUCCGUCGAUGAAAGCCGCCUCCUCCGCCGUUUCCCGGAAAGGAAUCGACGACGAGGAAAAAGAAGAAGAAGAAGAAGAAGUCUGUAAUGUCUUCGACGGCGAGGUAGAUAGCCAGACUCAGACGAAGAGAAGCCACGACGACAGCAAAAACAACCUCAAGGGAUUCUUCACUUCCUUACUCUUGAUGGAGGAGGAGAGCCAGAAGAAGAGCCAGGAAGCCGCUUCCCGCCGCGAAAUGUCCCAGCUCCAGUCUAACUACCGGAAACGAGCAAGAACCAUGUCCGAUUUCUACUCCGAUCUCGCCGAUCACUACGCCGACGCCGAGGAGAGCGGUGACAUCGAUCGGAAGAAAUCACGCGCCUCACGCGCCGCCGUCGCCGUCGCCUCCGUCUCCGCAGCCGAAGCGGAGAGCAGCGAGAUAACCGGAUCGGUUCACGGUACGGGUACGGGUCAGCAGAGGCGGUUAUGGGUCAAGGAUCGAAGCCGGGCCUGGUGGGAAGAGUGUAACCGUUCGGAUUAUCCAGAAGACGAUUUCAAAAAAGCGUUUCGGAUGUCCAAAUCGACGUUUGAGCUGAUCUGCGAGGAACUAAACGCCGCGGUCGCGAAAGAAGACACCGCGUUGAGAAACGCGAUUCCCGUGCGUCAGCGAGUCGCGGUCUGCGUCUGGAGAUUAGCCACGGGGGAGCCGCUACGCCUCGUGUCGAAGAAGUUCGGGUUAGGGAUCUCGACCUGCCACAAGCUCGUUCUCGAGGUAUGUAAAGCGAUCAAAGAAGUUCUGAUGCCUAAGUACCUUCAGUGGCCUGACGACGAGUCUCUAAGGAACGUUAGAGAAACGUACGAAUCGAUUUCGGGUAUUCCGAAUAUCGUUGGGUCCAUGUACACGACUCACAUUCCGAUCAUAGCUCCUAAGAUCAGUGUAGCUUCUUAUUUCAACAAGAGGCAUACGGAGAGGAACCAAAAGACUUCGUACUCGAUCACGAUCCAAGCCGUUGUGAACCCAAGCGGGGUUUUUACUGACUUGUGUAUAGGAUGGCCCGGGUCAAUGUCUGAUGAUAAGGUGUUAGAGAAGUCAUUGUUGUAUCAGAGAGCUAACAACGGAGGUCUUUUGAAAGGGUUGUGGGUCGCUGGUGGACCGGGUCACCCGUUGCUAGACUGGGUUUUGGUUCCGUACACGCAGCAGAACUUGACGUGGACGCAGCACGCGUUUAACGAGAAGAUGAGUGAGGUGCAGAGAGUGGCUAAAGAAGCGUUUGGGAGGUUAAAAGGACGGUGGGCGUGUCUGCAGAAGCGGACUGAAGUGAAGCUGCAAGAUUUGCCUACGGUUUUGGGGGCGUGCUGUGUGCUGCACAACAUAUGUGAGAUCAGAGGGGAGAGGAUGGAGCCGGAGCUGAUGGUUGAAGUGGUUGAUGAUGAGGUUUUGCCUGAAAACGCAUUGAGAUCGGUUAAUGCAAUGAAGGCGAGAGAUACCAUCUCACAUAAUCUAUUGCACCAUGGACUCGCGGUUCGAUUGAUAAAAAUGGCUCGUUACUCAUCGGAAGAUGGGCACGCGCCAGCUAACUCGACGGUGGUCGCCAUUGACAAAGACAAGAACAGUCAUUUCGCUGUUCGUUGGGCCGUGGAUCAUCUCUUCAACAUGAUCAACAGCCCCAACAUGAUUCUUGUCCAUGUUCGUCUUAAAAGUUCAAACCAUGGAGACGAUGAAUUGAAUCAGCUUUUUAUUCCGUACAGAGGUUAUUGCGCGCGAAAAGGGAUUUCAAUGAUGGAGGUUAUUCUAGAAGAUACCGACGUUGCGAGAGCAGUACUGAAUUACGUUAACAAGAACCUUGUGAGCAACAUCGUGGUGGGAUCAUCAUCGUCCUCAAAGAACCCAUUCGCUAGAUCUCUCAAGUUCACCAAGUCCCACGACGUUGCAGCUUCCAUUCUCAAAUCAACGCCCGAUUUUUGUUCCAUGUACGUCAUCUCCAAAGGCAAAGUUCAGUCUUCGCGAGCAGCUCAAAGGCCUAUCACCAAUACGCUUGUCCCACCUCGUGCACCUUCGUCCACAUUUCAUCUCCAAAAUCUACCUGACCCUGACCAAGAUCCCUUGCCUAGGGGACAGCGUAAUUCAAGAAACGCAACUCCGGAGAGGUAUCAUCAUCAUGACAAUGGGUUCAAUACUGCUAGGGAAAGGCGGAGAAGUGCUGCAAAUGGAUCGUUGGACUUUAAUUAUGAUUUUAAGCAGACAAAUAAUGGUCAAAGGAACCCUGUGGGACGUGGUUCGUUUUCUGAUGAAUCGGAUGGUGGUGGGUCCCUCAUGACGGGCUCCAUUGAUCUAAGUGCUCAUAAUUAUGAUUUCAUUGGUGCAUCUGGCUCUUCUGAUGAAUCAGCUUCACAAUCAACUAGAGAUGUUGAAGCUGAGAUGAAAAGGUUAAAGCUUGAACUCAGGCAAACCAUGGACAUGUACAGCUCUGCUUGCAAAGAAGCACUUAAUGCAAAAAAGACGGCAAAUGAGCUUAAUAUGUGGAAAAAGGAAGAAGCUCGAAGAUUCGAGGAAGCUAGGAGUGCUGAAGAGGCAGCCCUGGCUGUUGCGGAGAUGGAGAAGGCCAAGUGCAAAGCUGCAAUGGAAGCAGCCGAGAAAGCGCAGAGGAUGGCUGACCUUGAAGGACAAAGAAGGAAGCAAGCAGAGAUGAAAGCAAGAAGAGAGUGUCAGGAGAAAGACCGCGCGCUUAAUGCUUUGGUACAGAACGAUGUCCGGUACAGGAAGUACACCAUAGAAGAGAUCGAAGAAGCCACUGACAGAUUCGCAAGCAACAUGAAAGUAGGAGAAGGAGGAUACGGACCAGUCUAUAAAGGCACGCUAGAUCACACUCCUGUCGCUAUUAAAGUCUUGAGACCUGAUGCUGCUCAAGGAAAGAAACAGUUUCAACAAGAGGUCGAGGUUCUGAGUUGCAUCAGACAUCCUCACAUGGUUCUUCUCCUCGGCGCUUGUCCUGAAUACGGGUGCUUGGUGUAUGAGUUCAUGGAGAAUGGGAGCCUAGAGGAUAGACUCUUCCGUAGAGGGAACUCGCCGCCUCUUUCUUGGAGGAAAAGGUUCCAAAUAGCGGCGGAGAUCGCUACUGCACUCUCCUUCCUUCACCAAACAAAGCCAGAGCCUCUUGUUCACCGUGACCUAAAACCUGCCAAUAUACUCUUAGAUAGAAACUAUGUGAGCAAGAUAAGUGACGUUGGACUAGCUCGGCUAGUCCCUGCGUCGGUGGCUAAUAACGUCACGCAAUACCACAUGACAUCUGCAGCAGGAACGUUUUGUUACAUAGACCCUGAGUACCAGCAGACAGGGAAGUUAACCACGAAGUCAGACAUAUAUUCGUUAGGGAUAAUGCUGCUUCAGAUCAUCACUGCCAAGAAUCCGAUGGGUCUGGCUCAUCAUGUGUCGAGGGCGAUCGAUAAAGGAACUUUCAAUGAUAUGCUUGACCCGGUCGUGCCUGAUUGGCCUGUCGAAGAAGCUAUAAAUUUUGCUAAGUUGUGUCUAAAAUGUGCAGAGCUAAGUAAGAAAGAUAGACCAGAUCUUGGGAAAGAUAUCGUUCCAGAGCUUGUCAGGUUAAGAAACUUGGGCAUGGACAAUGAAUCAGAUGCAUCAAAUAUUAUGGGAAAAUCUAAUUCAAAAGAGAAACCAUCUUCUUCCAAUUCUGCACAAAGUCCUCAAAUUGAUUUUGAGAGAGAAGAUCAGUUUACAUAUGAAGAUCGUCCGAACAUCCCUGAAAGUCAUAGUGGAGAUAUAGUUAGUUUUUGUCAUGAAUGUAUACAUGAAUGUAAGUUGGUACACAAACGUGUCUUCGCUUGUAGUAAUUUUAUUUGCCUUUGUUCACCCGAGAAACUUGAUGACUAAAUAUUGUAAGACUUC